CAUGGGUUGAGGAAGAAGCACUGCCAAAGAUGAGGCUGUUAAUAAAAAGAAGAAAGCCGGGUUAGGCAACAUUGAGAAAGAAUAUCACUUUACUAAAAUUCUUGGAGCUGGCGCCUUUGGAGAAGUACGUUUAGCUAAAUAAAAUCAAUUCUUCAUCCACUGAUACCGGUUCUUUCAGAGCGAUUAAGUUGAUCCCCAGAAAAGAGCUAGAGACUUCGGAAAAAUAGAGUAAAAAUGCUGCUUAAUGAAUAUAAUAUCCUGAAGCAGAUGGAUAAUCCUCACAUCAUAAAAAUUUUUGAAUUUUGGAAAGAUGAAGUAUUCUACUACAUUGUCACAGAAUAUCUUGAAGGGGGUGAGCUCUACAAGACUAUAUCCAGGAGAGAAAAGUUCACUGAGAAAGAUUGUGCUGUAAUUGUUCGGCAAAUCCUCCUCGCUCUUAAUUACUGCCACCAAGAAGGAAUUGUACAUAGAGAUUUGAAACCAGAUAAUAUUCUUUUUGAAAGCAAGAGUGAUGACUCAAACUGUAAACUCGUUGAUUUUGGAUUCGCAGGAAUUUGUAAAACAGGCAAAGGUAUGAAGGAAGUCCUCGGCACCCCUCUCUACAUUGCACCAGAAAUCAUAAGUGAGAAAAAAUAUGGGGCUGAAGUGGAUGUUUGGAGCCUUGGUGUCAUUACUUAUUUCCUAAUUAGUGGUGACCCUCCUUUCGAUGGAGAUACUAGAAACGAACUUUUCAAAUCGAUAAAAUCAGGCAAGUUCUCAUUUGACAGUAAGAUCUGGAGGGUGGUUUCAGAGGACUGCAAAGAUUUCAUUAAAAAGUGUCUUGUUGUAGAUCCCAAGAAAAGAGAAAGUGCAUCAGAAUUACUCGAACAUAAAUGGAUUACCAAAACUCCAACUAUUGAAGUUGAUGAAAAUGUGAUCAAAGAUAGCCUAAAUAAUUUGCAAUUAUAUGCUCAGCAUAACAAACUCCAGCAAGGAGUUGUACAUUUCCUGACUUACAAGUGUGCACAGCGGGACGAGGUUAACAAGUUAUCUGAAAUAUUCAAGCAAAUAGAUAAAAAUAACGAUGGUAAACUCACCGAUAAAGAAAUCGCUGAAUACAUCAAAAAGAUCAUGGGAUCAGUUAACUACGCAGAAGUUCAAGAAAUUUUCCAACUUCUUGAUAUAGAUAAAUCAGGGUAUAUCGAUUACUCAGAGUUCCUCUCAGCAACUAUUAACAAAAAGAACCUUAUUCGUAAACAAGAGUUGAUAAACAUGUUUACUCAGUUGGAUUCUGAUGGCUCAGGCAACAUCAGUAAGAAAGAGCUUCGCAAAGCCUUCCAGACUAAGGGAACUAAAUAAAACUGAAGAAGAGUGGGAAAGUAUUCUUCAAGAAAUUGAUAAGGACGGUAAUGAAGAGAUCAACUUUGAAGAGUUUAUUCAAGCUAUGGAUACCGUCGUCAACCCCGAGACCACACAUCCUAAAGCAAUAGCAGAGGUAGAUGAGAAGGAUGAGGAAGAAAAAGAAGAGCAAUUCGAUGACUUGCACAAUACCAAGGAGCCACUCCCAGCUUAGAAAAUUUGAACAGAACAGCCCUACCACAAUAGGUCAAAAAGAGUUCCAAAAUAAGGAGAAAUUUUAAUAUUUAGAAAAUUCCAAUAA